GCGCUUCUUCGUGGGUGCCGCCAGCUUCCGAGGCCCGCAAGGUCGAUCGUGGCCCGCCUGCUGCUCGUCUCGCUCGAAUCCUUCCUUCGGCAAAGAAUAUGAAAUGAUUAUAUCUAAGACGAGAGGUUCUUGUGGAUCUUCGUACUUAUAAGCCGACUUUGGUACGGCUAGUGCAUACGGAGAGAUGGACGCGGAAGGCGAUGGGGAGAGAACAAAUUACGAUCGUGACACUGAAGACGAAAGAGGAGAACCAGGGACAGGAAACCACGAAUCAGAAGAGACGAGGGAUUCCAAUAGAGAUGAGCGCAGAAGAGACCACGAAGCGGAAGAGGGAGGGGAUUACGAAAGAGGUGAGGGAAGGGACCAUCAAAGUACCGGGGAAGAGGAGGAUGAGAGGGAAAACAACGGCUACUGUUAUCCAUACACCACGAAGAGGCGGCCUCGGCCACGACAGCGUGACAUUCGCCAUGUCAAUUAUGCAUUCGGAGAGCCCCACGUAGAUUUAGCGGAGAGAGAGGCGCAGGAGUGGCUUGAUAACCUGUCCCUGGCUGAAGAGGAGGAAAACGACACCAGUAAAAUACGCCCUAAGGGUCCAAAAUAUAGAACAGGAACAACAAAUGAAAGUCCCCAAAUGCUCGAGAGGCUUCAAAGAUGCGAACAAGAUCAGGAACGUCACGAAUAUAGGAAGGCAAUUCCAAGAACUGAAAAACGAAACGGAAGUGAGGACAUUUAUCCAGUCCUUCAUGUGGAUGAGAAUGAGAAGAAACCCGAGAAAGCUGUACCAUUGGCGCUUUGGGGAAAUACUCGAAGGAGUGCCUUGGGCAAUAACAGCGCUAGCGUGUAUGCAGUCAUGCAUCCGUCAUCAGAGAAGGGGGAUAAUUUCUUCAGGAAGAAACCAAGAAUUAAAAAACGCAACUAUCUUAGAGAUCAUAAAGUUGCCAUUGCUGAGAUGAGCGCAAUGGCUCACCUUUACAAACAGGAAGUAAGUGAAGAAGAAACGAGACGUGCGGCAGCUAUCAAAAUUUGGGAUGGCAAGAAUUGUCCAAAGACAGAGUUUCAGAAACGACGAAGAGACUGCCCGGACUUUGUAGAGAGGAACGUGGAGGCAAUAGCGGAGCAAUCCCGUUAUGCACGUGAACUUAGAGAAUUCACGUGGCCGAACUAUUCAUUCACGCCGAACAGAGGCAAAGUGCCUAAAUACUUGCGUCAACGGAAGAGAGAGCUUCUCGAUCAGGCUGAAGAAAGGGACCGUGAAGAGGUGAUUCACACUGUACCUGAAGGGAGAAAGAUGAUGUCGGAGGCAGAUAGACUGCAAGUACUGGAGAAUCUUGAGCAAAGACAUAAACAGCUGAUCAAGACUCUGAAGUCCUUUCCUUUGGUAUACGAUACUGCUCACCAGAUCAGAUUGAAAUCUGAGAUCGAUCAAGAACUUAAGGAAAUAGAAGCUUCUCACAGUUACUACAAUAACCCCAAAGUUUACCUAUCUGAAAUUGAACCGCAUCCCAGAGAAAUCACCUCUGCAAAACAUCCACUGUGUUCCCAAAGAAGAAGUAACUCUGCUUUUCCCCACUUGGAUCACCAUUACCUACAGUCAAACUCUCAAAAUAAAAAGUAUGAAACUGGGGAGAGUUCAACUGCUAGACAAAACAUUAUACCCAUGACGUAUUCCAACAACAGAUGUGACACCUGCUUCGCUCAGAUGCAAAAGGUCAUCAAAGGUUCGGAAAGCAGAAAACCACUUCGAUGUAUAGCUUGUACACUGAAGCUCAAAACUAGAAACAGAAGCCUCUGGUCUCUUAAACAAGGGGUCAGGCCACACACCACUGCGGCCAGUCGGUGAAUAAAAUGGAAACAUCAUCCACUGACUUUC